UAAGUGGCGGUGUGGAGUGGUGCCUCACUCGCCAGGUGUUACUGGUCUCCUUGAUUUCUUCCUGUGCGACAAUGGUGGUGAUGCUGAGCUCUCCUUGCUUCCUACCUGUUUGAUAAUUCUGCAGAUGAACACUGAGGGGAAAACCAUGGAGAAAGAAGGUAUCCCGGAGAAGACUGAGCCGCCCCAAGAGAGGAGACGCCGCCUCGCCUUGCAGAUCGUGCUGGUGUUCACGGCGUCAGUUUCCUACUUCGUGAUGGGCAUGUCGCUGUCGUGGCCCAACCUGGUGGAGUCGCAUCUCUCCGUGGACAACUCUACGCUGUUCGGCAACCAGCUUUACCUCCACCCGUGGCAGAUGGACAUGCUCAACAGUCUGCUCAGCAUCGGGAGCGUGUUCGGUCUGCUGCUCGCCGGCUGGAUCGUUCGCAGACUGGGGCGCCAGAAGUCCCUCAUCGCGGCGGUGCUGCCGGGCGUGUUGGGCUGGGCCAUGCUGGGCUUUUCGUACAACGCUUACAUGAUGCUGAUCGGCAGGUUUUUUGAUGGGAUAACCAGCGGCAUGGUGACCCUGGCCGUGAUGACCUACGCCACGGAGAUCCCCGACACGGCCUUCCGAGGCACCAUCAGCACAAUAACCUGCUUGAUGUUCCUCAUGGGGGCGUGUGUCUGCACGGCCAUAGGCAUUGCUCUCACGUGGUACUACGUGGCGCUGGGCAACAUGUCUGUGUUGUUGGUGUACAUCUGCAUCGUCCCUUUCCUGCCAGAAAGUCCCACAUUCCUCAUUGUCACAGGCCAGGAGAAGAGAGCCACUAAGGUUCUUGAGCGUCUUCGAGGAGCUUACAUAGACAUUGGCAAUGAAAUAAGCCUCCUGAAGAAGAUGAAUGAUGAAAUGAUGUCGAACACGAGCUGGAGCUUUCUUCUACACAGGCGAGUGCAGAAACGCAUCUUAGUGCUGUCCAUGCUGUUCAUAGUGCAAGCCUUCAGCGGCACGGCGGUCCUGCGAGCCAACGCCGUCAGAAUCCUGCAUGACUCUGGAGUGACUGUCAACAAAACCAUGUUCGCUACCCUCCUACUGCUGCUGCCCAUCGGGGGAUUCUUCGUGCUUUGGUCUCUGGUGGACCGCGCGGGGCGCAAGGUGUGCCUGGCGAUAUCCCUCACGCUCAUGUCCGUCACCUACAUUUUUCUCGGCACGAAAGUCUACCUCCAGGAGCCCACAGUUGUGUCACUGGUUCCCCUCGAGCCGAACAGCACUGCAUCGUCACCGCCUUACUUCACAGCGCAAAGCAGUGGAGAAGGCGCCUGGUGGAUAACUGUGCUCGGCCUCAUCGUGUGCAUCUUCGCCAUGAACAUCGGCAUCGAGUCCCUCCCGUGGCAGCUCUCCUCCGAGUACUUCCCCACCGUCAUCCGCUCACAGGCCAUGAGCGUGAGCGUGGCCAUCGGCUGCUUCAUCGCCGCCACCGCCCUGCAGCUCUACAGUUACAUGAACGAAGCUUUCACCACCGCGGGACUCUUCUGGGCGUACGCCGCUGUCUCGGGGUUGGGCGUGGUCUUCGUAGUGAUGUGUGUGCCGGAAACCGCAAACAAAAUAGUUGGCUAGUACCAGCUCCUGGCUACCUAAUGACACCUCGAAAAGCUUAAUUAAAACCGUUAUCCUACAUAAAUAUCGAUGACUUAUUUUUGAUAACGUCACACGCCAAUCAACAGUGAUGUUGCUUUCACUUGGGUAAUUUGGAUAGUUGUCGCUUAUUAGUGUGUUUGUUCCCCGCCAGGUGGCCGCCACGAUCAGCUGUGUGCACCUCAUCUAACAAGUAGUGUCGAAGUUCCUGUCAUUCAAGAUCUUUCUAUAUACACAUUCACUUCUUUCUCAUGACAGUUUCAUAUGCUCGCCACAAACUGUACCGCGAUCUCAGUGCUGCCUCGCGCUCCACAUCAGCGGCAUUCAAAAUGAACACAUUAAGCACUUGCAUGGCUUUCCGGCAGGCUGUACGUGGCCGCGGUGGCAGGCUUUCCUUGUGAACAUUCCAGAUCUCUUGGUGCCCUGGACGAGUCGGGAGCGUGUCUGGUGACGUCCUCGUAGAGGCUGAGAAGGCGAGGCUGCAUCAGUGGGUUAGAGGACAGCAUUCUGAGGGCACUCUCACGUUUCUUCAUGACGUAGUCAACAGUGUGGUCGUCGGAAGCCACUGAGAACUCCUGGGCGUCCCGGGCAUCACACAUGAGGGCAGGUACGGCCAGCGCACCGAAGAUAAGCCCAAACAUACUCUUGUUGUGGAACUCCUGAGUGAACUGUUCUUGAGUGAAGGAAGGGACGCGGCCGGCGGCGAUCAGCACGGCCCGGAAAGUUGAGUAGUAGUCGUCCAAGAGGCGUGUGAGGCAGCGGGACCUCUCGUUGGCAGUCAAGCUGCUGAAGAGCAGGUAGUUGAGGUCCAGGGCGGGAGAAGACCUGCGGCACAGCUGGAAGUCCACCAGCAUCACCUCCAUGGGCUGGCCGCGGCUGUCCUCCCUGCAAUAGUCGUAUGGGGGUCAUGGCCGCAGACACAUGUGAGAGCAUGCAUGCCUGCAUGCACGCACGCACGCAAACACGCACGCACGCGCACACACGCACGCGCACACACACAAACACACACACACACCACUGGUAGUAUUAGUCUUCAGUAAAUCAGGAAACCCAACACAAGACAAGAAGAGACAAGGGCGUCUGAUAUUUGAACAGAGCGACAAAUCAGUGGGAUGCACUGGCAGAACUGCUGUGUGCAAACAAUAUACAGAAAUUUAAUGAAAAUAAGAUAAUUUUGUAAAAAAAAAGGGGGACAUGACGAGUUUGACUUAAUCCUUUAAAAACAAACAGGUAAUCUAAAUAGGUAAACACACACACACACACACACACACACACACACACACACACACACACACACACACACACACACACACACACACACACACA